GUUUUUCAUUCUCUCAGUUUUUUCCACUCCGCUUUGUUCACUAACACGACGAUUUUCGCUACAAAGAGAGAAAUGGGAAAUAAAAUAAAUAAAAAAACGACAUAAAUUUCAUCACCGAACGGUUUCGUUCGUCUUCUCGCUAUUACUACGUACUGCAGGAUGUGUACUACGCUCGUGUUUAUGACAGUGCAAUCCAUAAUACGGGGGAUUUUUUCGAAUGCAUUACCUGAGGCACCGGCACCCCUUUAACUCAUCACUAUAAGCGUGAUGCAGUUCCUUAUGGAGAACCAAGUGAGAUCGAAGAUGGUACCGGCUCGUCGGAUACUUACAACCACCACUACUUAAUUGCUGAGCCAAAGUGGCGCUCGGACGCAGUGCUGCCAGUAUCCCUGCUGCCAGCACCCGAGGGUAUGUCGGCGAGAUCCCAGCACAGGAUUCGACAGUCCUCUACGGGACCGAACGAUGCUGGAAUGGAUCUACAGAUGGCACAACUGGGUGCAAAAGGUGGAGAGGAGGUUAGUUCCACCGCAACGCUAUCCUGGCUCGACUGGCAACUACCACUCUUCGUAGUACUUUGCGCCUUGGUUGGCGCCAUACUGUUCACUUUUGUGAUCCUGUUAUGGCUUCGAAAGCAAAUGUCGUGUGAAAAAGACACAGAAGAUGGAGACAGGCGAGGAUUGGUAGAAGAAGGCGCAGUUGGCCUACCAGAAAAGCCAGCUAAGGAAUUAAGAGACCCUGUUGAAGCUCAGUGGGUUUGUCAGCCAGUUAUGAAACCUCCUGUUGCUAUUCAACCGACUAGACCUGUUAAGCAGCCAGCUGCACUUCCAGAGGUAAUGACGUUAUCUGCGCCAGAACGAAGACCUGAACCAAUUCGCAUCAAGGCUAAAGGUCUCCUAGAACGCCGAGGUUCUAGUGCUAGUUUGACAAUAGAGUUGGCACCUGCACCGGAAAGCCCGCCAUCGAUGGUGACGCCAACCCGUGAAUGUACAGCUGAAGAAUUCUUAUUGAGUGCUGGAAAUGUUCUAUCACGUGCCCAGCUGUGUAAAGUACUAAAAGAACCUGCCUUGUUACACAAGGAAUUUUGGGAAGUGCCUCUAAAUCUACCACACAAGGUCGACGUCUGUGGUUCUGGUAUUAAAAAUCGAUAUUGCUCGGUCCUGCCAAAUCCACAGUCACGAGUUGUCCUCCCAGGAUCUGACGAUCCCCUCGCCAGUUAUAUUAACGCCAAUUAUAUUCGUGGCUAUGACUGCGAAGAUACUCGUUACAUCGCGACCCAAGGGCCAUUGUCGCAUACCAUCAGUGAUUUCUGGAGAAUGGUUUGGUCAGAAAGAGUUUCUACCAUUGUUAUGAUGACCAGAUUGCACGAGGCAACAAAGACCAAGUGCGACCCUUAUUUUCCGCUAGAGAAAAACGGCCGAAUGCAAGCUGGUACCUAUACCGUCGUCGUAAAUUCCGUUGAAUCUAAAGAUGGCUAUAUGGUCAGAGAAUUAGAGCUUGGAUACGAAGGAGAAAGAAGACACAUACAGCACUAUUGGUAUGACACGUGGCCAGAUCAUGCAGUACCUCAGGCUGCUGGCGCAUUGGUUGGCCUAGCUGCCGAAGUUAACUCGUUACCAGGCCCAGUUGUUGUACACUGCAGUGCCGGAAUUGGACGAACUGGAUGUUUUAUAGCUAUAGCCACAGGAAUGGCUCAAUUAUUGAGGGAUGGAAAUGUCGACGUACUCGGUAUUCUUUGCCAAAUGAGGUAUGACAGAGGUGGCAUGGUGCAAACUGCUGAGCAAUAUGAGUUUGUACACAGGGCAUUGUAUCUGUUUGAACAAACACUCGGUAAUUUGACGCCAACGUCGGGUGAUUGAAACAUUGUUAGCGCAAAGGUUCCUAAAGAAAAAUCAGGCUCGUUCGAUACUAGUUCGGAUGUUAGGCUUCUGACCUGCGCUACUACGGACUUUUCGCUACAAAAUCCAUCGUGGAUGUAACUGAGAAGUAUAAAGUCUAUAUCAAUCCAAGCUGCCAUCACCAAUACUGCCACGUCGAACUGUUUGACACCUAAUCUCAAAGGCGUAAAGCUCAAUGAAAAUCUAGGAUUCGGCGGAUAUGUGGGGAAUUUUUCGACGAAACUAUACCGAUUCAUGAUCCAAAUCAAAAUGAUGGAUAUUUUUUUGGUAAUAUCAUCAAUCGCCUGAGAUUAACGCGGCUGGAUAGCGCAAUGUUCGUUCGAAGGGAAUGACAUUUUUAACGUAUAUUACGGUGCUUUAUGAAAAUUUAUUUUUUAACAAGCAUUUUCACUAAUAUCAACUUUUCAUCCCCUUAGAAACGGAACAUUUUUACAUUACAAAUACAUUCCAAAAAGAGAUAAACAAAAUUUAUUCAGAUUCUGGCAAUUGUCAAAAAUAUUGUGACCAGAAAUUAAUUUCAUGCGAACCAAUCGAUAUAUUCUUCAUAUCAUUUUAACUUCACAAUUUUCAUGUUUAUUUUGCUUAUCUUUUUUACAAUACUUGCUCGUAUUUUUUUGUUUUUUUUUUUCGUUUUUCGUAUCAACCCUACUAGUUACGUUUGCGGCAACUAUUCAUUUCGCACGAAUGCUCGAAAUCUUGGAGAGUUUUUCAUACAGCUCCGGCAUGUAUAAUUAUACAUUUAGAACAAGAUCUGAAAUUUAGUAUUGAACUGGUGAACGACCAGGUAUUGUAUAGAGUUGACGUAGCUAUUCAAUUUAAAAACAAAAUUUUCUAAUAUCGUGAAGUAUUUUAUUUUAAACCGUACGAGCGGAUGAAAAUAAUAUUUAGCUCUGUGCGAAGUGAGAGAAUGCUUUGAACAAUUUGGGACCCACGACGAAUAUAUACUUACAUCCUGAUUCCAGUUCCUAAAUGUUUUUUUUUUUUUUUUUCUAGUAUUAAUUACUAACAUUUGUUAUAUUAUUUUAUUUUAUUUAUUGAUCAAGACUGAAUGCGAGUAGUACAAUGUGUUAUCAUGGAUUAUUACUACUGUUAUUAUUGUUACUUUAUUUUUUUGAAAAUUCUGUAUGCAAAUGAGAAUAUAUUGAAAAUUCCAUGUCAUAUAGAAUCAGAAAAAAAGGAAAACGAAAAGCUGUGCAGAAUAAACAAAGUGACGAAUAUGUUGGAUCCUUGUAAAAGAAAUCAAUGUCUAAAAUAUCAAUUAGAAAGAUAGAUAAAUAAUGUAGAAUGCCUACAAGAUAAAAAUUGGUGAUUAAUGAAUAUUUAGAUUAAACUUGAAGAUCCAUGACUGCGAGUAUCCGAAUAUUUGUAAAAUAUUUAACUGUGGAAUUAGUAUUUAUCUACUCGCAAGAAAAAAAAAACUUAAAUGCAAACUUCUUUCGUUAUUUGUUUCGAAAUUCGAGUUUAACAGGAACAGGAAAAAUAAGACAAUUUAAGUAUAACGUAAAUCAUGGUCAUUUUCGUGUAAUUUUUAUUAGCAUGAAUGAAUACACAGAUUAUAGAGAAUGAUUGGGAGAGAUUGUGAUAUAUUAAAUACCUGUAUAAUAAUGAUAAAUGAUUAUAUUUGCGAGAAAGGAAGAGAGAGAGAGAGGUAGUAUGUGUUUGUAUAAAUGAUCUAAAAGAGUAAAUUAUAAUAUUAAUAUACGGAUAUGUACAUAUAUAUUUAUAUAAAUAUGGGUAUUUGUAUACCUAAGUAUACACACAUAUAUAGAUAUAUACGUGUGCGAGCCUCAAAAAACCACUCUUACGAUUAGAGUAGCGGAAAAGAAUAAUAAUAACAACAUAAUAAUAAUAAUUUUAGUGCCCCCUCGGUGUUCAACUGUACUUAUGUGACGUAAAUAAAUGUUUAUAAUCUCCAAA